ACCAAUCAUAGCCGGUUACUAGAUUCAGUGUGGUACAACAAUAUGUCUGCGCCCAUGGAAAACAUGAUGUUUUCGUAAUUUCUCAAAGUUUUCAGUUUUAAAAAGGCUCUUGAAAUCUUUGAUACAUUUCCAACACAAAAACUUUGUAAAGAGUGAGAACACUGCAAAAAUGGGUGAAUUCCGAGUUCAUCAUGUUAGAUUCUUUGAGUGGACACCGAAAUCAAUACAAUGUAUGUCAUACAAUUCAUCAAAGCAAAGAUUGGCUUUAUCAAGAUGUGAUGGAAGUCUUGAACUAUGGAGUAUAAAGGACGGCUGGUACCAGGAGGAGAUUAUUCCUGGCAUAGAGGAUCAGUCUAUAGAAGAUCUGGUGUGGCAGGGAACCAGAUUGUUCACAGCUGGCCUUGAUGGUCAUAUCAGAGAAAUAGAUCUUGUCAAACUAAAUACAAAGAAAUCUUGUCAUUCAAAUGCUGGACCAGUUUGGUGUUUGGCUUCCAAUUCUGCUGGAACCAGGCUUGCGGCUGGUACAGAAGAUGGAUGUGUUGUGUUGUUGGAUACAGAAUAUAAUGUUCUAGAAUACCUGACCAGGUUUGACUCUCAGGACAGUCGUAUAUUAUGUAUAUCUUGGCAUUCUGGAGAAGAUCUAAUCGUGACAGGUGGAAUUGAUAACAUCAGAAUAUGGAGUGUAUCGUCAGGUAAAGCCAUGCAGCGCCUCACGGUGGCAAGAACUGACAAGAAUAAAGAAACAGUCAUCUGGUCUGUGAUCUGUUUAAGUGAUAUGACAAUUGUGAGUGGAGAUUCACGAGGAAAAACAAGUUUUUGGAAUGGACGACAGGGCACAUUGAUAAAGAGUAUACAGAGUCACAAAGCAGAUGUAUAUUGCCUGGCGGUGGAUUCGACUGAGAAUAUUGUGGUGUCUUCAGGUAUAGACUCAAGUGUCGUGCAGUUCAACUAUAUAGCUGCACGUGAAAACAGUGACUGGCGGGAUUGGGUGGGAACAUUAGUUCACAAUCAACAUACACAUGAUGUUCGAGCUAUACAAAUUAUAAACAAAUAUGUAGUGACAGGAGGUGUAGAUACAAAUUUGAUACAGUUUAAUUUGUCAAGUAUUGGUAGUGAUGUAGGACAUAAAAGACAUUCAUCAGAAAACAAAUGGAAGCGUAUAACUCCUGUCCCACAGAAAUCACUAGUUAAAGUUGCGGGAGAUGUGAAUGUAAUACUUUUACAGUACACUUACCAUAUAGAGGUUUGGAGAUUAGGAUUUACACAAAAUACUGGUAAUAAUGGUGAUAUUCUUCCAUUGAGAUCAAACCCUAUCAAACUCAUUCAAUUGAAGACAAAAGGUGGUGUGCCUAUCUUCUGCAGCAGUAUUACCCAGGAUGCAUCAUUUAUGUCAUACUCUGAUUGUGACACACUGAGAUUUUACAGUAUCACCUUGGAGAACUUGACGGAUAUACAGCCUGGUGUAAGUAUGAAGAAAAUCACUCCCGCUACAGACAGUCCACCAGAUGGCGCUCAUUGUAUGUGCUUCACCUCGGAUAAGACACGUCUUGUCACCGUAACGUCCUCAUCAUGCGUACAGAUCUGCUCCAUUCAGCCAGCCUCAAUAUCCGUGGAGCAUACAUUUCCACAGCUGUCUGAAAGUCUACAUUUGUUAGAUGUGAGUAAGGAUGACCAGUUUGCAGCUGUUGCCGAUCAUGAUUGCAACGUGCAUGUUUACAAUCUCAAUUCUAUACAGCAUGUAUGUAGUGUACCUAGACAAGGUCAUCAGGUGUCGGCACUCAGUUUCAGUCCCGACAGUAAGAUGGUAGUAAUGGCAUACACCAAUCAAAAGAUAUUUGAAUUCGAUGUAAACCAAAUGGAGUUUUCUGAUUGGACGAAGAAACACAGUCAAAGUUUCAUGAAUGCAUGGUUAAAAAGAAAAUCAAAGAUCACAAAGAUCUCUUACAACCCAAACAAUCACAAUCAGCUGUUUUUACAUGAUGAACAGCUGUUUUGUAUACUAGAUAAAACUCAGAACUUUCCACACAUCAAAAGAAGCUUUGAAGAGUUGAAACUGGAGAAGACCACAGCCUUUCAUAUUUGUAUGAAAUAUAAGUUUUUGUUUCACCUGGAAGUUUUACCCGACAACUGGCUUGUGGCGGUAGAGAGACCACAGUUAGAUUUGUACAGUUCACUACCUGAAGCCUUGAAAAGAAAGAAAUUUGGAACUUGAUUAUCUCUCUUUUAUUUAGUUGUUUGUUUUAUUAGUGAAGUUGGCCAAGGGAGACAAAUAAGUUUGUUAAGGGGGAAUAACUUAUUUUUGACUUCUACACAAAAAAGUGUGCUAGACUGCCUGCCAUUGUAUGUAAAUUGUUUCAAAAUAAACAAAUAUAAAUAAGA